UCAAUCAACAAUUGCUCUGUCCCUCAGCGGAAGAUAUCUGAGCGAACACUCCAAGGCCACGCACGGGGCACACUGCUGUAUUGUCGUACGGUCUGCACGGGUCCAUGGCGAGUUUCUUCAUAUCGUGCUUGGUAUUGGCCACUGCGGUGUUUUGCGGACGCUCGGCAGCGGAGGAGGUGGCCCAUGGACCUGCGGUGUCCAGACGGCUUCCGGCGAUUACACCCAAGGCAACAUGCGCCGACUGGAUGAAGUGGAUACCUCCUCGCUCGGACCCCGCGAUCGUGAUGCAAGUUGUGAGCAGGCACUACUUGGAAUUGGAGCGAAAUUUUAUUCGGCUGAUGGAGCUCAACUCGGCCUUGACCCGCGACCACCUAUAUCUCAUGUGUAUGGACAACGUGUCGGUGCACUUCUUCGAAUCUUCCAUGAAUAUCCGCUGCAUCCCUCUUACCGCGUUCGACUUCCCGUCCCAUGCGGAGAUCUGGGUUUUGAGGGCCCGUGUGGUGUCUUGUCUGGUGGAAGCGGGCCAAGAUGUGAUAAUGUCCGAUGCAGAUGCUCUCUGGCUGGACGACCCGUUCAAGGAUUUCAACCUUCCUCGCGUGAUCGACAGCAGCGUCGUCGCGUCCAGGGGGAAAUUCCCCAAGCCGCUUGGUCUAGAAUGGGGGGCGACGAUGUGCAUGGGUUUUGUUCUUUUUCGAGCGACAGGGAGAAGGGUUGUGGGAGAAUUCCUCGAAGUCAUGGAUGCCCUGGUUCACAAGAACAAGGAUGACCAGAUCUCGGUUAAUCUGGCGGCAGAGAACCUGGGGAUAGUGUGGGACCAGGAGAGCGACAUGCGAUACGUAGAGAGUGACUCUUUCGGCUUCGGGACCAUUGACACUCUUGUCGACGAAAACAAUCAGCCAUUCUCGGUGACGUUACUGCCGCACAACGCGUACACCCGCGUCUGCGACGAGACACCAAUUUCCAACAAAACUGUCGUGGCGCAUUGUUGGGCACCUAAGACAGCCGACAGCAAGACUGGUUGGAUGGUGCAAUCUAAGCUCUGGUUCAGUGACAACGAAACACGCUGAGAUGAGGGCAGCGGAGAGUCGCGCCAAAGGCAAAGAUCUGGUGUCUGACACCAGCAUCCGCUGUGUAAUCCAUGGUGAAAGAGAUUGGUCCAGUCGUCGAGGAUCGAGAGCCCAUGACGUUUGCUACGGACUAGGCGAUUGGCUGCAUCUAUCUGCAGUCCGUGCUGCUACGCGUAGCUUCACGUAGAUCAUGAAUGAUGGGAACGUACCACCUUCCGAUAUUCGAGGCCCAUGGGAGUUCGGUGGUCUAAUACGGUAGAUGGUUCGGCACAGCCGGAAUUCUGUCUGCUAGGCGUAUGUACGGCAUACACACGCCACCGUAACGACUGCCUUGUCGUCAGAAUACAGAAAGUGUCAAAAUGAUGACAUGUAAAUGGGUAGGAAAGCGGCUUGCUGCGCAACGUCAUUCUGGUAGGCAAAGGAACGUAUCAUUUUUUUUGUGUUCGCCUGUGAAGUUCGGUGUCGGACGAUUGAACCUGAUUUUUUGUGGAAUGGUAACGAAAGUAUCACUUUGUGGGGAACCUCUUGUGUGGCAUGCCUCCCGGCCAUCCAAGAACGCGUGGUGGGUGUGAGAAUGUUUGGACGUCCUUGGACGGUGCAGUCCCUUUCGUGCAGUAUUGGGGAGUGGUAUCGUAUCAUCGGACAUUUCCCAAUUCAUCACCGCUGUUCUCGUGUCGCAGCGGGGGCAUGAGCGCGUGGGGUACCGUAGAGUUCGCAGAGCAAUAGGCGACAUGCUGGCCAAGCACUGUGCUCAGUUCACGAAACAACGUGCAAAAUUUCUCCCGCACGAGGUACCCCUUUUGUCGGGGUGGGGGGGGGGGUUCCCACAUUCAACCAAUACAACGGCGAAGAUCGAGAAGGAGAGCUUGAUUUUGCGUUUUCGCCCUUUGUUGCUUGCCUUUCGUGAAGUGUAUGGUUUUCCCGGCGGCCAUGUCUUUUUUCGGACCCAAACUUCUUUGGGUUUCGGACGAACAAUGUCGUAAAGCUACAGUGGCAGUACUUUUCCGAUUUGGCAAUAUUUGCAGUUAUGAUGUACGAAAGAAGCCUAUCUGUGAGACGAAGU